AACUAACUUUUCAAAGCCAUCAUAAUAAACCAUCUCAUUCUUCCUUGGUUCUUUAGUCUUAUUGUCAAUGACUACCACUGCCGGAGCUGUAAUCCAGACACCGGUGAACUUGAAUGGGUACAGCCACUGUGGAAGAACACUGCCUCUAACAUCAGCUUUCUUUGGUGGAGACAUAAAGAAACCGAGUUUUAAACCCAAGAAAACAAAUGUUUUAAGUGGGAAACUUAAGGUUGUUGCUGCCGAAGUCGAUGAAGAGAAGCAGACCAACAAGGAUCGAUGGAGAGGACUUGCGUUUGAUGAAUCCGAUGAUCAACAAGACAUUACGCGCGGCAAAGGAAUGGUUGAUACUCUUUUCCAAGCCCCCAUGGAUAACGGCACCCAUUACGCAGUCUUGAGCUCCUACGAGUACCUAAGUGCUGGCCUCCGACAAUAUAAUUUGGAUAAUUACAUGGAUGGAUUCUACAUUGCUCCAGCUUUCAUGGAUAAACUUGUUGUUCAUAUCACCAAGAACUUCAUGACAUUGCCAAAUAUCAAGGUUCCAUUAAUUUUAGGCAUUUGGGGAGGCAAAGGUCAAGGAAAGUCAUUCCAGUGUGAGCUUGUAUUCGCCAAAAUGGGUAUCAACCCGAUUAUGAUGAGUGCGGGUGAAUUAGAAAGCGGGAAUGCAGGGGAACCCGCAAAGUUAAUCAGACAGAGAUACCGUGAAGCGGCAGACAUGAUUAGUAAAGGGAAAAUGUGUGUGUUAUUCAUCAACGAUCUUGAUGCGGGUGCGGGCCGAAUGGGUGGAACUACACAAUACACCGUUAACAACCAGAUGGUGAAUGCUACACUUAUGAACAUAGCCGAUAACCCUACUAAUGUUCAGCUUCCGGGCAUGUACAACAAGCAAGAAAACCCUAGAGUCCCAAUUAUUGUCACCGGUAACGAUUUUUCAACAUUAUAUGCACCUCUUAUUCGUGAUGGACGAAUGGAGAAGUUUUAUUGGGCCCCUACUCGUGAAGAUCGAAUCGGUGUUUGCAUGGGUAUUUUCCGAACUGAUAAUGUUCCUAAGGAGGAUGUAGUCAAGCUUGUAGACACCUUCCCCGGACAAUCCAUUGAUUUCUUUGGCGCUUUGAGAGCAAGAGUGUACGAUGAUGAAGUUAGAAAAUGGAUCUCGGGCAUUGGGGUAGAAAAUAUAGGAAAACGACUUGUGAACUCAAGGGAAGCACCUCCUACUUUUGAACAACCAAAGAUGACUCUUGAAAAGCUUCUUGAGUAUGGAAACAUGCUUGUUAAGGAACAAGAAAAUGUGAAAAGAGUUCAACUAGCAGACAAAUACUUAAAUGAAGCCGCACUUGGAAAUGCUAAUGAAGAUGCCAUUAAUAAUGGAGCCUUUUACGGCAAAGCUGCUCAACAAGUUAAGGUGCCUGUUCCUGAAGGUUGCACCGAUCCUUCCGCUGAAAACUUUGAUCCAACGGCUAGGAGUGAUGAUGGAACCUGUGUGUAUAAGCUUUAGGUAGUUAUUUAGGGUCUUAUGUGUUUUGAGAACGCAAUACCGUAAUCAUGUUAUGCCUGGGUAGAUAUCCGUUUAUUCUUUUGUAUGUUCUAGGCAAGAAUGUGUUAAAUCUAAAAUAUUGGUGAAAAUUAAUUAAUGA